AGAGAAGACGUCAUUGUUGAGUGCUCAGACCCGACCGAGCUCCGGCUGGUGAAUGGCUCUAGCCCCUGCAUGGGGAGGGUCGAGGUGCUUCAUGAGCGACGAUGGGGCAGCGUCUGUGACCACAGCUGGGGCAUGGAGGAGGCUGAGGUGGUGUGCCGGCAGCUGGGCUGUGGCCCAGCCAUUUCAGCCCCCGGACAGGCACAGUUUGGGCAAGGCCACGAUCCCAUCUGGAUGGACGGGGUGGACUGUGCUGGAACAGAAGAUAUGCUUUCCAAGUGCCCAGCCAAGCCAUGGGGAACCCACGGAUGUACCCACAGUGAAGAUGCCAGUGUGGUGUGCUCAGAGCCACCCACCAUCCGCCUGGUGAACGGUUCAAGCCGCUGUUCGGGUCGAGUGGAGGUGCUGCACGCCCAGCGGUGGGGAACGGUGUGCGAUGAUGAUUGGAAGCUGGCGUACGCCGACGUGGUGUGCCGGCAGCUGGGGUGUGGGGCGGCCGUCUCAGCCCCGGGGUCCGCGGCGUUCGGACCGGGGGCUGACCCCAUCUGGCUGGAUGAUGUCAAGUGCACUGGGAGGGAGGCUGCCCUCUCCGAGUGCAGGACCAAGGCGUGGGGAGAACACAACUGUGACCACGGGGAGGAUGCUGGCGUGGUGUGCACAGGUACAGCCAUGUCCAGCUCCACUAUCCCUCUGCCAGUGCUUCUGCUGCUGGGGCUGGUGGUAUCGCUGACUCUGGUGAUGAUGAGUGGAGCUGUCCUCUUCCUAAAAUGGAGGAGAAAGAGGUACAAAGUCCUCCAUCACUCAGGCAACGAGGUAGAGCUGAACCCCCAAAGGACACAUUGGAUCCAGGGAGGUGAGCACCACACAGACAAGGCAGAGGCUGUAGAGGAGCCUCCAAAUGAAAUCAGCUGGGAAACCAAGGGAAUGACACUGCCCCAGGAUAAGCCCCAGGAAGGACAGAGGGACAACUGCAGCUCGCUCCCUGAUAUCGCCUCGUGAGCAGUACCUCGGUGCAA